AUGACAACUAGAGUUGGACUCGGAGUCCUAAUUGCCCCUGCAACGGCAACAUGGGCCGCUCCGUUCGCCGCAUACUACAUGUUCCUUCAGAACCGGGUCCACCUGCAACGUUUAGCCACGAAAACCGUUAGACACAUGGGCACCAAGUCCGGCGCUCCACACCCAGGCUUAGAUCCGCUCUACGUAGCCAUCCGGUCGCAGGGCAAUUUUGCUGAAAACGUCCCCAUGGCAUUCAUAGUAGCCUUGUUGGCGGAGCUGAAUGGUGCUGAUAGACGAGUAAUCAACUACGGCCUCGGAGCCCUUCUCGCAGCGCGCAUUGUACAUGUCGAGUUCGGACUCCGAAAGGAGCAAGGUGGCGGAAUUGGGAGAAGAAUCGGCCACCUUGGGUCGCAGGCUAUUAUUGCUGGGUUCGUGGGAUAUACAGCCUAUCUGGUUAAGGAUUACUGGAUGGGUGUUUAUUGA